AUGGCCACCUCUCCCAGUUCCACAACCACGACAACUGUCUUCCCUGUAAAACCGGACACUUCCACUUCCUUUCUGGAAACUCACCCCACCAACCAGACCGCCGCUCCUGGUCCUGUCAGCACUGGGACCACUCCCAUUAGCACGGUUUUCCCGAGCACACACAGAUCCACCACUGGGACCUGGAUCAGCACCAGCUUUGUAACUACCCCACGUGUAACGGGCUUCACUGGCCUCCCACCGACCAUGAAGCCAAGUAGCAGCUCUUCAUCUUCCAUUGUGACUACAAGCAAGUUGACAGCCCCCAGCCCAGCCAUCAGCACUACUUCACGGACACCAGCAGGCACCACCAAGACUCUCUCCACCGUUACGUCAUCCAGGACAACUUCAACCACAACCCAGACGACCACACAGUCCAGGCAGACCACCACGGCAGGUUCCCAUGACCGAGGUCAGUCCUGGCCUGAACUUCCCCUUUUCGCUUGCUACCCAGAAGAUUGUCACAAUGGAGGCACCUGGACGCAGGACCGCUGCUCCUGCCUUAGCACUUUCUAUGGCCCCAAAUGCGAGUUCGCUGUGGAAGAGAUAAAUAUGGACAAGGUGGACGCUGAAGUGGGCAUGGAGGUGUCUGUCAACCAGGAGUUCUCCCCGGACCUCAAUGACAACAGUUCUAAGGUCUACAAGGAUUUCACAAACGCCUUCCAGGAUCAGAUAAAGAAGAUUUACCAAAACGUGCAGGGAUUCAAGGAGGUGCAGAUCCUUUCUCUGAGGAAUGGCAGCAUCGUGGUGGAAUAUCUAGUCCUGCUGGAGUUACCCUUCAGCACCCAGCUGGAGGAGGAGUAUGAGAAGGUGAAGGUGGCCUUGAAGGAGGAGCUCCAGAAUGUCAGCCAGGAUGGGAACAGCUGCCAGAAUGACCAGGUCCUGUGUUUUAAGCCUGACUCCAUCAAGGUGAACAACGCCACCAGGACGGAGCUGUCACCUGAAGCCAUCUGUCGCCGCGCUGCUGCCGAAGGUUACGAGGGUUUCUACUUCCCUUUGCUGGAGGAGAACCAGCUUCGCUGUGUCACCAAUUGCACGGCGGGCUUGGAAGGCGCCAUUAACUGCCAUCAGGGCCAAUGCGUUCUGCAGAGGAGUGGUCCUUCUUGCCGCUGCUUCUCCACGGACACGCACUGGUUCUUGGGCCCGCGCUGCGAGGUGGCCAUCUCUUGGAAGGCGCUGGUUGGGGGCCUGGCGGGAGCCGGGGCCCUGCUUCUGUUGCUGCUGGUGGUGGCGCUGAGCGUGUUCCUCGUGCGCUCCCGGAGGAGGGACAGGCAGGGCCGAGGCAGGUGAGUGAGCUGGGGGGACGACAGAAAGUGGUUCGAGACCUGGGAUGAGAACACUGCGGGGACUUUUUCUAACUCGGGCUUCGAAGAUGACAUUUACGAAGAAAACUUCCCUGUGGCCUUGGACACCGUGGACACCAAUGCCACGGUGCAUAUUCACAGACCUGAGAUGGCCUUGUCCUCACUGUGAGCCCACACUGCCCUCUCCACCUGCUCAGACAGCGGAGAGAACCA